CCCGCGUUAUUGCUCGAUCCAGACUCAUCAGCUGACAGCUGCGUCUUGGAGAUUCCGUUAGCGUAAUUUUGAAAGGUUGCUUCAGCUUCUGACUUCAUAGAAGGCCUGGUAUAUUCUCGACUCGUCUCUAUUAAAGGUUACAGCACUGGAAAGACUCCGAAGCUCACACAAAAUUCAGUCUUGAUCACUAGUCGUGUACUGCAUGCAGGUCGUAUGGGCACUUCUUUACACUCACGGCUUCUGACUCUUGUUCUAUUCAUUCGCAAGCAACGAACAAGCGACACAGUCGGUUCUACCCGGUAGCUUGGUUAUCGGCAUCUCGGCUGUCCGCAGACGCCUCUUUGAUCUGAUUGAACGUCUCCUCCCAUACCAACUAGUAACAGUCAUCCACCUAUUCUGCUCUACAUUGUUUGUCAACAUGGCUCCACGACGAAUGGCACCUGGUCAACGAGGAGGGACUCCAUAUCCUGCUGAGGAAAGUGCUCCCCAGCAGCGUGGAGGUCCUCUUCGAGGGCGAGGUGGGCGAAGAGGUGGCGCACGAGGUGGCGCACGAGGAGGAGGCGCACGAGGAGGAGGCGCACGAGGAGGAGGAGGGAGGGAAGGAAGUGUUGUUAGGCAAGCAGCGAGUCCCAGUGUCUCCGUUUCCCCCGCUGUUCAAGCCAUUGGUGUCCUUCGUCCUGGGUUCGGCAGUGCGGGCAGGCAAACUACUGUUUUUGUGAACGCAUGCGAAAUGGAUACCCCUGACAUUACGAUAUAUCACUACGAUGUUGCCAUUGAAAAGUCGCUCCGCCAGGCUUUCAAUAUGCAGCUGAUCGAAGCGCUGCAAAGCCAGCACCUGGACAUGUUUUCCAAAGCAGCCGUUUAUGACGGCAAGAAGAAUCUUUAUACGAGCUACAAGUUGGAUUUUGGUGAUAGCCAUUCUCGCCAGUUUAACGUCAUCUGGACCGAGAACAAUCGCGCAUCCAAUUUCAAGAUUACCCUCACGGAAGCGAGGGAGAUCAACAUGGAAGUGCUUCGCAGAUACGCGGCUGGUCAGCAAUCCUGGGACGAAAAUGUUUCCACCGGUCUCACAGCUUUGAACAUCGUGAUUCGCAUGGAGCCGUCUCUUAACCAUCCAUUCAGGGUACGAUCGUUCUACAGCGACAAGAUCAGGGCACCUCUAGCCAAUACAGGACUGGAAGCCUGGCAAGGCUACUUCCAGUCAGUUCGACCAGCGUUGAAUCGUCUUCUGGUCAAUAUAGACAUUUCAACUGGCGUCUUUUUCAAACCGGGUUCGCUUAUCGAGCUAUGCCUCGAAUUUUUCACCGGGAAUCGCAGAGAAAACGCGGACAGGUAUCUAAGAGCAUCUGGACCGCAGGCAAUACUCUCAAUGCAACGACGCCGUCUCCAAAGCUUUCUUUUUGGUGUCAAGGUCGAAGUAGAGUCGGCGGCUGGUCGGAAGAAGCCUCUUACCAUCCAUAAGUUGACGGAGCUAGAUGCUGCGUCCACUGUAUUCACUCCGACCGGUGGUAGACGGACCAAUGUAGCACAGUACUACGCACAGGCUAACCAAAGGCUACGGUAUCCAAACAUUAUAUGCAUGCAGACUGCGAAAGGUGAUGUGAUACCUCUCGAGCGAUGUUACGUCAUUCCCGGCCAGCUCUCUCGGGCUGACCUCAAUCCGGAUGCUACACGAGCUAUGGUUGGCUUUGCGACGAAGAGGCCCGACCAGCGACUGAGUGCGAUUCAGACCGGUAUCCAGGUCCUUGCUUAUGGCCAAUCCCGAUACGUCCGGGAUUUCGGACUAGACAUCAAGACAGGUUCUCUACCCAUGGAGAUUCCUGCGCGAAUGAUCAACGCGCCGGAGCUUAAAUACGGAACAGGAUCGAAGCAAAUGACUGUUCGGCCGAGGGAUGGAGCUUGGAACUUGGUCGACAAGAAAUUUUUUAGGCCGAUGCCUCUCGGACCCUGGAUCGUUGUGAUUUUUGUUCCACAGAACCGCUUCCGUCCAGAUGAAGUGAAUAGGACUAUAUCUGGUCUGAUUCAAGGAUGCGAAGCUGUCGGCAUAACGGUGCAAGACAAGCAACCGUUAUGUGUCUACAAGAAUGCCCAAAGCGUAAUUGAUCAGUCUAUAUCUGAUGCCCUAUCGGAAGCCAGAUCUAAGCGUAAAACGGUGCCUGCGUUCAUUCUUUGUAUUCUUCCUGACGGGAGCAACGCGGACUUGUAUACGGCAGUCAAAUUCUCCGGCGAUAUAAAGAGAGGCAUUGCCAAUCAGUGCCUGCGGGUCGGCAAAUGUAGAAGUGCCCGACCACAAUAUUGGGCAAACGUUGCCCUGAAGAUUAACGCCAAAUUGGGCGGUAUUAAUGUAAUCCCGGAUCCGAGGUCUGCGUCUAUCAUUUCCGACCCUAGACAACCAACAAUCAUCAUGGGCGCAGACGUCAUGCAUCCAGCACCAGGCAGUCAAUCGCCCUCCUACGCGGCGGUGGUGGCAAAUAUUGACUCUGAUGGCGCACGAUACAUAUCGAAGACCAAACUCCAGUUAGGGAGGCAGGAAAUGAUCGAAGAUUUGCAGACAAUGACAAAGGAUCUGCUCAAGUCAUACAUAAACAAUCGAACCAAAGUAGGGGGGGUCAAGACGCUGCCAAAACGAUUGAUAUUCUUUAGGGACGGUGUGUCUGAAGGCGAAUUCAAACGUGUUUUGGAUCUGGAACUGCCUUUGCUUCGAGCUGCAUGCGUUGACGCUGAAAUCUCUCCACCUCCCAAAAUUACGUUCAUUGUUGUCGGGAAACGUCACCAUAUGAGGUUCUUCCCAAAGAAUGACAGGGACAAAGAUGCGAGAAGCGGUAACCUCCUCCCAGGUACCGUCAUCGAUCAAGCAAUUACCAACCCAGUCGAGUUCGAUUUCUACUUGCAAAGCCAUGGAGGCCUUCUUGGUACUAGCAAGAGCUCGCAUUAUACUGUUGUGCAUGAUGAAUCUGAGUUCGGCCCAGACGCGAUCCAAGCUCUGGCUUAUACGCUCUGUUUUACCUACGCCAGAUCGACGCGUUCAGUGUCCAUUCCCACGCCUGUCUAUUAUGCCCAUAUUGUUUGUAGUAGGGCAAAGACACACUAUGACCCCCAGGGCACCUCGUCGUCGAUCGUGUCAGGAGGGUCGCAAACCCGAGAAGAGACACUUGCCCAGCAUCGAGGACAGUAUCAAGAGGUACAUAAUGCUCAGGCAAUGCGCAUGUAUUUCAUGUGACCUUCGUCUACUGCCAUUAUACUAUCUUCAUCGUCGGGACGUUAUCAUCUUCAAU